UGUUUGUUUGCCUUUAGCUAGUUAGAAAUUUUGAAUGAGAGACACUGUCUUUCUAGGCUUCAGGUAAAAAAAAUUGGGUACCUUUUUUUCAUUUUCUGCCAGUCUGAAUACCCAAUUUACAUAACAAGGUAGAGGAAAUUAGGAAAACCAAAUUAAUGAGAGCAUUAAUUAGUAGUGAAUAGCAUUAUAGGUGUUGUGCUUGGACAAUGCAAAGUGAUUUGGCAGUUUACAGAGAUGCUUAUAUGACUGACUCAUUGCAUCCAACUUUAAGUGAAAAUUAUUUUCUGAACUGAGACUCUGUAUUCUACUCAGGAUCUUCCAAUUCAUCUCACCCUUGAGGCACAAGGAGCCAAGCAGGAUUGGCUUGGCAUGAGCAGGGAUUUUAGUUCCUUACAACUGUUUUUUCAUUACUCCUAAGAACUCACGUAACGAGGUUGCCUGGAUGGCAUCUGUUGUAUUUGAAGCCAUAAUUAAUCUGUUUCAGUUGAGAAAUCUGUCAUUGCAACACCUGCUGGGCUGUUGAGAACAGAGCAUGCUCCACUGACAGUUGCCUCUGGAAGGGCAGGAAUCACCUGAAGCUCCCAAGACUUGGAGAGAGAUCCCCAGAGACUUCAGGCAGACCCCAAAUGUGGCAGCUUUUAGCAGCAGCAUGCUGGAUGCUUCUUCUUGGCCCUCUAUGUGGUUAUCACAAGAAAGGAAGCACCACAAAUCCUGAAGCUAAUAUGAAUAUUAGCCAAAUUAUUUCUUACUGGGGUUAUCCUUAUGAAAAAUAUGAUGUUGUGACAAAAGAUGGUUAUAUCCUCGGAAUUUACAGGAUUCCUCAUGGAAGAAGGUGUUCAAGAGCAGCUCCGAGGCCCGUUGUUUAUUUGCAACAUGGCUUAAUCGCAUCUGCCACUAACUGGAUUUGCAACCUGCCCAACAACAGCUUAGCUUUCCUUCUGGCAGAUACUGGUUAUGAUGUGUGGAUGGGGAACAGCCGGGGAAAUACCUGGUCCAGAAAACACUUGAAAUUUUCACCCACAUCACCAGAAUUCUGGGCCUUCAGUUUGGAUGAGAUGGCUAAAUAUGAUCUUCCAGCCACAAUCAAUUUUAUUGUAGAGAAAACUGGACAGGAGCGACUCUACUAUGUGGGCCACUCCCAGGGCACCACCAUCGCUUUCAUAGCAUUCUCUACAAAUCCAGAGCUGGCUAAAAGGAUUAAAAUAUUUUUUGCAUUGGCUCCAGUCACUACAGUGCAAUACACCCGAAGUCCUAUGAGAAGAUUAACUACUCUUUCCAGACAAGCAGUCAAGGUAUUAUUUGGUGACAAGAUGUUCUCUCCUCAUACAUUUUUUGAACAAUUCAUUGCCACCAAGGUGUGUAACCGGAAGCUAUUUCGUCGUAUUUGCAGCAACUUCCUAUUUUCUUUUUCUGGAUUUGAUCCGAAAAACUUAAACAUGAGUCGCUUGGAUGUUUAUCUGGCACAGAGUCCAGCAGGAACGUCUGUUCAGAAUAUGCUACACUGGUCCCAGGCUGUUAAUUCUGGUCUGUUCCAAGCUUUUGAUUGGGGAAACCCUGAUAAGAACAUGGAGCACUUUCACCAGCUUACACCUCCCGUAUACAACGUUUCUCAGAUGGAAGUUCCAACAGCAAUGUGGAGUGGUGGACAGGACAAUGUGGCUGAUUCCAAGGACACUGAAAAUUUACUUCCUAAAAUCACCAGACUCAUUUAUUACAAAUUUAUUCCUCACUACAAUCAUGUGGAUUUUUACCUUGGACAGGAUGCACCGCAGGAAAUUUACCAAGACCUAAUUAGAAUGAUGAAGGAAUGUUUUUGAAGUUAAAUACACUUACCUUUUUCUAAGCAAGCAAGUUUCCAUGAUAAUAAUAUGGCAUACAGACCCAAAGGCGACCCCUCCAAUGACUUGCCUCCUCAUGUCAAUGCAUUUGUGUAGUUCGCACUCCUUGGGUAAGGGAGGGACCUGACACUUGCUUCUAGAAUUGACGAAGGUGAUGGGCUGUCACACCCUUGAUUAGAUUAUGUUCCUGGCAAAGGUGCCAGGAUGUCACUCCCUGAUUACUUUAUAUUGUAUAAGAAACCAUAUUAGCAGACUGGAACAGGAGAUUCUCCUUGCUGGCUUGAUGAAGUAAGCAGCUAUGUUGAGGAAACCCACAUAGAAAGGAGCUAUUUGUGGCUUCUAGGAUCUGCUGGUGGCCUCCAGUCGACAACCUGCAAAGAGUCAGGACUCCAUCAUACAGCUAUAAGGAAAUGUAUUCUGCCUGAAACUUGAAUGAGCUUGGAAGCACAUUCUUUCCCAGAGAAGCCUCCAGCUGAGAAUGCAGCCCCGCCAACACUUGGAUUGCAGCCUGGUGAGACCUGGAGCAGAGGACCUCGCUAUGCCGUGCCCUGAACACUGACCCACAGAAACAGUGAGAUAAUAAAUAUAUGUGGUUCUACAC